UCGCUGAGUUAGUUUGACCUGGGCGAAGGAAGGACGAAGACGCGAGCGGAGAUUUACCAUAUAUAUAUAGUUAUAUGGCCAGUAACAUCACAGCUCAAUGAAUGGGUGUGAGGAAGAGGUGUUGGGGCAGGAGGUCGCGGAGCAGCUUCCUCUUCGCCUGGACGCGAACCAGGACCAACAGGACGUGUUGGAGACAUGUAUCAUCACGAACCAACGCCCUAAGGAUAGCCUGAUCCCUGAAUCGUCCCUAACCUGUGCCAACCACCAUCUGAAAAAUGGAUCAGGGAGAGAAAAUGAUUACGAAGAAGAAAGGAAUUCGAACGAAGAUGAGUACCCAAGACCAGAAACGGAUACGGAGACGCAGAACCGAAGUCGAGACCAGAAUGGGUCUGAGGGAUGGUGUGAGAGCGAGACCGCGAGGGCCAUUAUGAGAGAGGAGAGCAUCCCGCAACUAUUCGUAAGCAUCCAGACUGGAAGUGUGCGGGAAGUUACAUCACUCCUGGAGCAACAGCCGCACAUUGUGAACAGCCCCAGGUACGGUGGUCUGGCUCCCAUACAUUACGCGUGCCACAAGCAGAAUAUUCGCAUACUCAGAGUUUUGCUCGAUCAUGGGGCCAAGAUAGGAUCCUUGGACACUCUCGGCAACACCCCUUUGCACUUGGCUGUGAACGACACUUGGCUUGACGGCGUGUCGGAACUCCUGAAGCGAGGGGCGUCUCCGAAUGCCAAGAGCGUCCCUCCCGCCACGAUCAAGGAAGUGGUUGUUGAGACGCCCCUUCAUGCUGCGAUCCGCCGGCGGGACAUGGCAUCAGUAACGCUGAUGAUGGAACAUGAACCCGACCUGAACAUUUUGGAUGGGAAUAACUGCUCUAUGCUGCACUUGGCCGCCCAGACCCGCAAUCUGGAGCUGGUAAGGAAGCUGGUGAAUCAACCAACAGUUGUCAAGGAAUGUAACCAUAAGGACAAAAACGGCCGGACGGUCCUCCACGCCGCGCUGUCUGAAAAGUGUGAUGAGGAUUCCGAACUCCUGGUCAUCGAACUGAUUAAGAUUCUGUCUAGAUUCGUCGCAGAUAUCAAUGCUACCAACUACGUGGGGGAGACGCCUUUGUUCCUGGCCUCGCGCUACGGCCUGAGCAGAGUCGUUGAGCUUCUCCUCUCUCUGGGAUCGGAUCCGACCAUCCUGACGACCUGGAGGCAAUCUGUCCUUCAUGCUGCAUGUCUCUCUGGCUCCUCAGACACACUUGACAUUCUUCUGCAGAGGGGUGACUUGAAGAAUAUGGUUACUGUGGUUGACAAUGAGAAAUGUAGAGCUUUUGAUUAUGCAGUUAAAAGCUGGUCUGUCCGUUGUUGUUACCUUCUGCUAAUCAACGGUGAACACCUCGCCAAUAUCAAGGAUGGCGUGUCAAAUUGCGAGUUGAUGCUUGAACAUCUCCCUUCGGCUUCAGAAGUCCUGAAGAAACUAUUUAAUUCUCACGUUCAUUUGUCAGAAGAGUCUCAGCAUGAUCCAGACUUCAGUAUUACAUUUGAUUAUUCGGCCCUUCUCUCGGAGGAAAAGGGGACCAUUCAGUGUUCCGUAGUAUCAGAGUUAGUACAUUCCCCUUUUGAAGAUCUGAUCAAACAUCCUCUCUUGGAAAGCUUCUUGUACGUCAAAUGGUGCCGCAUUCAAAAGUACUUCUACACCGGCGUCUUCAUGUACUUCAUCUUCCUAAUCCUUCACACCUUUUUCGUUGUGCUCACCUUCGGGAAUUCGCCAAUAGACUGGCACAAACACAUUACUGUGCUGUGGACUUUUCGUGCAGGACACAUCUUAUUGUAUAUUGUUCUUCUCUUCCCGAGCGUUGUUAUGAUAAUUGCCAACUUUAGGAAAUAUAGCAAACAAGUGGAAACCCUAAUAAGAUUUGUGACCUUUAUGAGUUCAGCCGUUGUCGUUUUCUCACCAACUGUAGACUACAAAGCCUUGGAAGAGACUAACAUUAGUAAAAACAUGGCAUCCGUAAAUGGCACUGCUGCCCCUACUCAGACUGAUCACCUGCCAAUGACGGCAGAGAGACAAAUGGCCGCAGUUUCGGUUUUCUCCGUGUGGGUUGAGUUUAUGAUGCUUCUUGGACGCUACCCGAUGCUAGGUACUUACAUUCUGAUGUUCUCUGGUGUGGCUAAGUCUAUGAUGAAGUUCCUGUUUUCUUUUGUAUUCCUUCUUUUUGGAUUUUCUUUCAGUUUCCACAUCUUGUUUCAAGAACUACCGGUCUUUGAGACAUUUCCUCUCUCAUUCGUUAAAACGUUGAUGAUGAUGAGUGGGGAGAUAGCAUUCAGUGAGUUCGUUUUAGCAAUGGAUGUGCCUCUUAGUGGUCUGGUUUUCCUGUCCCUCUACUUAUUCAUAGUGGCUAUCUUGUUAGCCAACCUCUUCAUUGGUUUAGCUGUUAAUGACAUUCCGAGCCUACAGAAGCAAGGCAGAAUCCACAGACUGGCUAAACAAGCCUCAUAUAUCGUGGCUUUCGAGAAGCUGCUUUUGGUGCUAAAGAGCCGAACGUCCUUUCCCCGCCCUCUUCUCCAGCUAGUCGCUGGCAGGUGCAGGAUCAAGUCGAAAGUUGAGGUCUUCCCCAAUAGAAAGGACACUAUUGUUACUCGCGAGAAUAUUCGAGAGGCCGUAAAACUUGGUAACUUUAAUGUUUCUAAAGAAGAAACUUAUUCCUUUGACGAUCACAGUGUUUCUAGUUCAUGCCUCAAGAGCAGCCAAAAGCAACAUAUAGAAGAGAUUAACGCAUUAAAAAGUAGAAUUGAUGAACUUGUUAAAUGUUGCAACAGCACACAGCAGCAACUAAAUCUAAUGCAUCAGUUGUUGGAUACUCACACGGCACAGAUGUCUCUGCAACUUCAGCAGCAUCAGCGAAUUAUGCAGGAAAUAUAUGACCGUGCUCUUCGAGAAAAUGAAACGAUCCAGUCGGACAGCCUACCGUGAGAGACAUUUGCUCUAAGACCAUAAUUCAAUUUAUGCACCUCCUGACCCACUUAUAUUUUUGUUGUGAUUAUGAUUUUCGUUAUCCCCAAAACCACAGCCCUCACCAUUGCCAUAACCAUGGCCUUUAACACCAUCCACCCAGUCACCACCAUGGAUAUCACCAUCCAGACCACAUUAACCAUCACUACGAUCAACACGGAGAUUAUCACCGACACCCGCCCAUGGUGUACCCCUUUGGCGUAGUAUGUGUGCCUCAGUUUAAAAAAUCUGUGAUUCAAAUAGUGCAAACAAUCCAUACGUACAUCGUCGAAAUCUUUGUUAUUAAUAAUCAAUAAUUACUGAUUUUACUUUGUUAACUCAAAGUAUUCCCUAUUGCAUAAUAUGGUAAGUAAAGUACAUGUGUAAUCUACUAGCUCUCAUAAAAAGGACACUCUUAGAUAUUCAAAUAGUAUUUUAAGGAAUUCCCUAGGAUUGGAACAAUGUAUAAAUAUGGUUUAUGUUAAGUGUAAUGAUAAAUGAAUAUAUUUUCUGAAAAA